UUGGAGUCACUCUAUAAAUGUUCCCGGGAGUUUCCGAAAUCCACACUCGGUGACUUCAGCUGAACAAUGGUUAACAUGAGCGAUCACCAAUCUCUACAAAAACACGCACAGACCCUGAAUCCGAAACAGCCGAGGAAAAGAAAUAAUAAAAAGAAAAGGAAUCACUGGGACAAUUUACCGCCAACAACUCACAUUCAAACUUGAUUGACAAGAGACACUUUUGAGGUCUGGUGUGCUAGGUGUGGGAGCAUAUCGUGUUGUGUCUGUGGAUAGCGACUGAUUGGUGCGAUGACUGCGGAGUGGCUGUAUCCCCCAGGCGUGGGGCCGCUGUGUGGUGCAGAGUUGGAGGCGUGGUAUGAAGACCUACAGGAUAUACUGGGCUCCGACGCGGGCGGGGCCAAACUCACGAGAGCCCCGCCUUGCUCCGAGAAGGAGCCUGAGUUUCUGGAUGUGUUGGAGAGCUGCUCGCUCACCUGGCUGACGGAGGGGCAGGUUUGGGGCGACGGGGUGCAACGGGUCACCGACGAGCCGCCCGUCGUCCACUCGCCGGCGCGACCGGACGAUCGGAGAGGAGGCGAGUCGGAGCACCCCUCGUCCGGAGGAGACCUGCUUCCGCCCGAGUUCUUCGAGCUCCUCAGCGAAGGCGGCGUCGGAUCGGUGGAGACGAUGUACCAUGUUUCACAUCACGCGCCUCCUUCGCCGUCCGCCAGCGAAGAGGAGGAGCCCCUGACCGUCCCGGACACAUCGUCCUGCUCCUCGGCGUCCCGCUCGCCGUCUCCUCCCGUCUCCACCGCUCGCCCGGGGAAGAGAAAACGAGGAGGCGAUAAAGCAGGAGCGCCUUGCUCCCCGUCCCCCGGGAAGAAGAGCCGUCGGGAGCGCGAGCAGGAGAACGAGAGGAAGGUGCAGGAGCUGACGGAUCAGAACGAGCGGCUCAAAGCCGAGAUCGAGCGGCUGGGGGAGGAGGUGCAGCGGACGCGCCGGGCGCUCAUCGAGAGACUCGUCAACACCAGGAGGUGAAGAGCAACAGGAGGAGCCCAGGGGCCGAAGGGACCGUGAAAUGCACGUUUAGAGGGAGAUAAAAGACACGUGGGACAGAGAGGAGGUUCGCUGAGCGCCUCCCGCCGAGAGAGAGAGAGAAAGUCUGACUGAGACGUCGAAAAGAGAGAGUGUGGAGCCCAACAGAAACACGGAGCAAACUCGGCUCGAAUACAAAGCACAGAAGAAGAAAUUCGGUUUUCGUUAAGAAAAUAAAUGAAGAUUAGUUUCUUAAACCAGCGUGAUGCAUUUAAAUCAACUAAGUUUAAAGGCAAAUGCUACAAUGCAUGAAUGAUACGAUUUAACAAAUGACGACUAAAUUGAAGAAUGAGCAAUAAAAUAUCAAUUAAAAAAAAAAGAUUUUUCAUAAAGAAAAUGAAGCAGAAUUCUAACUU